AUAUUCCAUGUGUUGGUAUCGUGUGAGCGUCGAACGACGCGUCGCCGCGGCCGCCACCGUUCCUGGCUUUUUCUCAUCGUUUCAAAUAUAACGACGCGGUAUAAAUAAGUAUGAGCAAUAGCGAAUGAUCUACCUAUAUGUAUAUUCGACUGUUGUUGUCAUGUAUGCCGAUCUCUCUCAUUCUCUUGUGUCUGUGUUUUUUUUUGUCUCUUCUCGCUAUGCCGUUGACGUAAAUAUGUAUAUGCGCGCGCGUUAUAAACCGGAGCGGAUGGCAUGCAUACAAAGCAUACAGCUCGCUCGCAGUUGGAUGAUUAUCAUCAUUUUCCCACAUAGACAUGUAUACUCGGUGGCACGUGCUCGCGGAUGAAGAUUCAUCGGGCAUCGGUUAUGGAUGUGGGGGCGGCGACGACCGCAGCCGGGACCACCGGAAUACGAUGACCCUGAAUUGAGAAAGAGAAAGAGCUUCAGCUCGAUGGGGGGAGCGAGUCAACAUUGCAAAGUAAAAGAGAGAGAGAGAGACACGUUGUCGAGAUGUAUAGGCAGACACUUUUGCUCCGAUAUAUAAGCUCUUUCGCUUAGAAUUCGCGCGAUCAGUUCGAGCGCGGAGGCUGGCCGGGAUAGGUAGAUCGCCAGCCGUGUUUAUUAUAUAUAUUACAUUUACUUUAAAAGAUCGCAUAGUGCGUGGCACGCGUUGGAUCGUAGCCUCUUAUUUUAGAUCAUUGUGUCAGGUGUGAGUGAGCACGACAUCUCCUCUUUUAUUUAUAUGCGACGUAUACAAUAUAUGUGCUUCUUUGUGUGGUUUUUAUAAGGCGAUGAUUGUUCAUCUAGCCUAAUUACUUAUUGUAAAUACAGUGCUACAAGUUGAUUAGAAUGUGUUUAAAGUGGGUUCGAUAGUGCGAUAUAUACAUGUACGUAUACAUUGAUAUAGGUUGUUUGUUUUUUUCUGUGGAUACUCGUUUUUGAUGCAAGAUACAUCGACUUAACCAUCGAUUUUUAUUUUACCAAAAAGAACAUUUAAAGUACAUGCAUAAGUAUACCGCUGUAUAAGACUGAUUAUUUUGUAAGUGAUUUUAAAACUUGAUAUAGUGAUUUAAAAAAUCAAGUUAAAAAAUGCCGCACAUAACGGAAGAUUCAGUGCAGAUAAAAAAAGAAUCAGACUCUAUGUACAAAGAAAUGUUGCUAAUGACCAAAGAAAUGGCCUGUGUCUACUUCGUACAAAAUGAAACGUAUCAGUUGAAUUGGCAUGACAAUUGGCUAUUGACUCCAGUCAGGAAGAGAAAACGAUCGAUGCCUAGCUACGAAGUAUUUCUCGGUGGUUCGUGUAAUCCAACUACCUGGCGAAAAGAUAUCGUGAUUCCAGUUUUGAGCAAACACAAUAUCAGCUUCUACAAUCCUCAAGUGGACGACUGGAAUCCGACCCUAGUGAAAUUCGAAGCUAGUGCAAAGCAAGAUGCAAAGCUGCUUUUGUUCGUCAUUGACGACACCACUCGCAAUUGUGCAGGGAUAGUCGAGGCUUCUGCGCUUGCCGCCUCGAGAACCCAACAAACAGUCCUCGUUCUCAAGUAUCAUCAACGGGGUCAGACUAUCAACGGGGAGGUGAUCUCCGAUCGAGAGCAUUAUGAAUUGGUAAACGCAAUGGCGAUAUUGGAAUAUUUGUAUGCCAACCGCAAAGGUGAUCCAACGUAUAGCAUCGAAAUGGGCCUCCAAAAAGUCAUUUGGAAAUUACGUGGUGAUACUGGCAUUGAAGAUGUACCUGAUCCCCAAGCACACUUGCACAAAAUAGAUUUAAAUGCUCCGGAACAUGAUUUUAUAGCAAUGAAUGCUGCUUUCGGUGACCUAAGGAUAAAUGAAGCUAAUUGUAAGAUGGAUGCGAAAAAAGCUUUUUUAAAAUUAAUGGAAGUUAUAGGCAUCCCACAAGUCGAUCUGCAAAAUCCACGAGAUGAUGAAAUGAAAGUACUAGACGAGACGUACGCGUUAAGAAGAUUUGCAUCAGUUUUUAUGAACAAAAGUAUAAAAGAAAAAUUGAGUUAUGAGCAAAUAUUUGCCUUUACAAGUUAUUGGUUGCGUUGGAUACGGAAAGAUGCUGUCAGCAGUCUACGCGAUGACUGGAUGGAUAAUAUUUUUGAUACUACGUCGAAUCGAGACUUGUACCUAGGAUUUUUCCAAACUGAAAAUGAUUAUUGGCACAAUAACGAUGCAUCGAUAAAAUUAGUCGAAGCUAGUGGUUUCUCUUUUUACCGUCCUUGUACGGAUGAAUUCAAUUCUUUGAUCAUGCCUUUGGAGUACUUACGUAUGGAGAAGUCUGCAGUCGUCGUUCUGGAAAUUCCACAGGAUCAACGUGCUCUUGCAACAAUGGCUGUCGUUGCACAUCUAAUUGAACUAGUCAAACCUGUAGUCAUUAGUUUUCAAAAUAUCUCCAUGAGUACAAGCUCCCUCGCCAAUGGCGAAAAGCUUACCGAGACGGCUAGAAAAGAUUAUAAUCGAGGUCGAGCAUAUCUAAUGGAUAUGAUUCAAGAUAAAGCAAAGACAACUGCUAAAGCUAACGUAUUUUUAUGUACAAAUGUGGAAGAAGCAUUGGGGAAAGCUAUCAGCUUAGUGAAAGAAGAUUUUUAAUCAGGACUCUUUUAUUCCAAUGACUCUCAAUAAUCAAUUGAAUUAUUCAAUAUUCGUACGAAAAUGAAAAAAUACAUUGAGAUAUACUUUAUUAAAAGCUUUUUUGAAGCUUGUGGAUACUAGAUACAUCAUAUUAAAAAAAAUCAUCAUCCUGCUGUUACCAUAAUUUUGAGUUUAUUUCCAUUUAUAAAUUCUAGUAUGAACAAUUUUUUUUAUAAUAAGGACACUUUUUUAUUGAAAAAAUUUGCUAUAAAUGUUGAUAUUAAAAAUGACAUUUUUAAUAAUGAAAUGUUUAUUAUAGAUUGAUGUCAUUUUUAAUGAGAGUAAUAAAUAAGAAAGAUCUCGUUGAUUAGUUGAAAAUAUCAUUUAUAAUCAUAAGUCAUAAUUUUAUGUUUUUGUACAUAGACUUUAGAUUAAGAAAGAUAGAAUUAUGCGUGUUCAAUCCAAUCUAAUCAAUGUCAUGAAUCAUUUCAUGACUGAUUAGUGCACAUUUUAAAGAUGAAAUACUGUAAUCUCAAAUAUAUUUUUGUUAACGUAAUAAAUUUAUAGUUUUGUAAAUGUUAUUUUUAAAUGUUAUAAAAUUUUAUAUUUCAUUAAUUCGUGCUUUAUUUAAGGUUGUAAUAUUGAUUCAAUAUCAAUGGCAUUCAAAUGAUAAUUAUUUCAUAUUAUUUAUCAUUCAUAGUCUAUUUAACGUAUUUAAUUAUAAAAACUACGGCAUUUAUUAUGAAUUAAUAAUAUUAUAUUAAUAUGAAUCAAAAUAAGUACAUAUACUUCAAAUUUAAUGAAUGUUCGCGUUUCAAUGAUGUAGAACAUUUUCCGUGAGAUUAUUUUAUAGCCCCUCCGUAAAUAACAAUAAAUAGUUUGAUUGA